AUGGCGGCGGCGUCGGGAGGGCGGGAGCAGGGAGGGAGCAUGGCUGCCCUGGCCCGGCUGCAGGAGAGGCUGUCGGAGCUGCGGGAGGAGUAUUUCCUUGAGAACAGAUCUAUAGAUGAAGACAGAAAAAUAAAGUACAGAGCUGCUGUCAAAAUCCAGAGCUGGUUUCGAGGAUGCAGAGUCCGAGCCUAUCUGAGACAUCUGAAUGAAAUGGUGAUUUUGAUACAGAAGUGGUGGAGAGGAUAUCGAUGCAGAAAACACUUCAGAAAAAUGGUGGAGACAGCAUAUUUUAUUAUGAAGAUGAAUUUCUACAAUGAAAUGGCUGUCAGGAUCCAGAAAAGGUGGCGAGGCUAUUAUGUUCGGAAAUACAUCCAUAAUUAUUAUGCCCUGAAGAAAUACUUGCAAGCUGUUUCUGUGAAUAACGCGUUUGUCAGGAGUGAACUUCAAGAGUACAUAGAAAAAAAGGAAAAUGAAGAUAAAAUGAAAGACCUAGAGAAGAAAGAAAAGGAAAGGAAAUACCAAGCCCGAAAGAUGCAUUACCUCCUUAGCACUGAGCAGAUUGCAGGCAUCUACAAUUCACCAUUCAGAAAAUCCCCAGACCCAAUGGAACUGCUGCUAAGAAAUUCAAAGCCACUGAGCCACAGAAAGAAGCAAGUAAAGAGUCCCUUUGCCUAUGAACUCUAUGACUGGCCAACUUGCAAAAAGCCCCCAGCUUUCGUCGCAGCACUGCCUCUGCCACCUAUUGGCAGACAGAAACCUCAGGGGCCUUUCCGCGAUACCGCUGAAGUAUUGUGGCAGCGCUACAAGCCUUUAGAACCAACCUUGCGAGUGGCAGAAUCAAUCAAUUCACCACUGGAGAAGGCCAGAGAGGGAAUAAAAAGGGAGGAAUGGAGAAAUCCUAUACAUGACAAUGAAUUCCUACCAUUUUCUUCGUAUCAUAAAAAGGAGGAUGAGAAGUAUGAGCCAUCACUUUGUAAGUCAGGCAAAUAUAUUCAAGAAGCUUAUGGAACCAAACAUUUCAGAGAAGUAUAUCCCAAGAAAUGGAUAGCAGACAAGGACUUUCGAACAGUGGCACCAUCUAUUCUUCUCUUCGAAAAGUUUGGAAAAACUUACUCCCGUGCUGGUCAAAUAGUGUAAUUGUCCUGGAAACUACACAAGACACUUGAAAAGUAAUCAAUAAAAGUGUUUCAGCAAAUGCACAGCAACAUGUUGACUGAAUGUCCCAUAAAGGAGUCUUCCUGUGAUGUAAACUUUGUCUGAAGUAACGUUAAUUGAUUUUGCUUGAUGUCUAAGCAAUAUGGCUUCCAAGAUUUAUAAAAAAAAGUUUGUGUUUUUUAAAAAAAAAAUAGCUUAAGAAAAUAAUUUCUGAAAAUGCUAUAUUUUAUUUAAUAUAAAUAAUUUAGGAUACAAAACCAGAGUCAUCAAGUAAAAUACUUAGAAUCACAUUUAUUUAUUACAGAUUUGGAAAUUAGUUUAAAAAAAGAAGAAAAUUUACAAUUUGCAUCUGUUUUCCCCCUCACUACUAUAAAUGUAUUUGCUUCAUCAUUGUUGUUCAUAAUUUUCAGUGUUGUUAGGCAUCCUUUUUGGCUACAGAUUCAUGUCUUCAGAAUUGCAGGAUAGGCAUUUGCAUGGAAGAUAAGAUACUCUUUUAAAUCUUUUUAGCAUUUCUGUGGGUGAUAGAACUUUAGUGUUGAAAAAAUAAAGCUCUGGCAACAUCUAUGCCUUAUUAUUAGAUCAGUUUUUCUAUAUCUGCCUAAUUUUUUUUAUCACUACCUGUGUUUUUACUUCUAGUCCUGUGUUAAGUGAGGCCAUAAUCAUGUGAGGCUUGGCGAGAAGAACACAUUUGAUGACACAAAACUGAUAUUUGUUUGCUCUGUUCACUAGCAAGCAAUCCUGUAAAAUAGUGAGUAUCCUCAUACCCAUCCACUUCAAAAGACUCAAGGAAUUCAGCAUCAUGAGAAGACCUCAGCAUAUUUAAAGAGCAAAUCAGAAGCAAAUUCUUAAAGUCAUGUGACUGAAUUUUACAGAAGUUUUAUGCUGAAUUCUCCAUGAUAACAUAUUUGCUUUUCAUAUCAUUUGACUAUAUUUGAAUCAAAUGUAUCUGUUUAUCUGUGGCUCACUGUAGGCUUUUUAUUACCAAACUUUGUUAUUUGAUUCUUCUGUGCCAUAUAACUGUGCAGAAAACCUCGAAGAGAUGUCUGUUUGUGUGUGUGAAUACUUUCUGAACUGGGUCUAGUGAAAGGUGUCUCUGCCCAUGACCAGGGGUCUUGGAAACAGAUGAACUUUGGGUCCCUUCCAACCCAACCCAUUCUAUGAUUCUAUGAACUAGGAGUUACAAAUUUCCCGUCCGUCGGUUUUCAGCUAUCAGGCUGUGAAGAAGUUUUACUGCUCUCACACACCACAGUAAAAAGCCUUUCAAUUCCAUUCCAGUAGGUUGUGAGUGCAGGUAUUGGACUGUACUGGUGCUACUUUUUGAAGUUUGUUAUUUUCAAGCUUUAAAAAGUUUAUUCUGCAUGACAAUGAUAAUUAACUAUGGAAAGCAGAAAGCAGCCACCUCAGUGGCUGAUAAGAUUUAAUCUGAUCCAAUGUAUCAGAGUGCUUUGGUUGUUCCUGGAAGGGAUUGAACACCAGACACUUGUGCAAAACUGUUGAUGAAUAAA